AUGCAAUACGUAAAGAGCAAAACGGUGGUUAUUCUCGGAUCGACUGGCAAAUUGAGUGACGGCAGCGUUGCCAUAAAAAAGUCGAACACUUCGCUCAAAAAGGAGUUGCACACAGACGUGCAAGGGGAAAGACACAAGCGAGAUGAUCCACCUGAUGAGGAAAGACAGACAAGUGAAAAUGCGCCAAGAUUAAAGUCAUCCCUUAAAAAAAAAAUCAGCUCUUUGGAUGGAAGUACCUUGGAACAAGUGAGCUCCAAACGCGCAGGUGUGGGGGGGAGCAGCAGCGGCGCUUCGGAGGGGUCGCUUAACGGGGAAACCUCGAAAAUGGGCGCGACGCUGGAGGGAGGAAAAAACGAAGGCGAUGAAAGCAGCGCAGAUGAUGACCGCAAUACAGAUGGGGGUGGCAACACAGAUGCGGGGGCCAACUCGGGUGACGAACAAUCGGCAGACAAGCCGAAGGGAGCGGCAAAAGGGGCAACCAAAAAAGUGUCCGUGUUCCAGCGGCUAGCCACGACGCACACGCUGAGCAGCAGCUACAGACGCGCAAGUCCAAAGCUGAAAAAGCUGCACACAGAAAAUCUCCAAGCAGCCUUGAAAGGGGGGGGGCCCAAGAAAGCCUUCAGCAUGAAAGUGGACAAAAAUGUGACCUAUUCUUCAUUCGCCCCGUACAAUAAGGCGCGAAAGAUAAAUGCGGAAAGGAAACUAAAUAUGAUCAGGGCCAAGACGCAGAUAUUGAAAAUAGCCGAGAGGUUCAUGAGCACAGAGAAAAUCAAGUCCUUCCAAAUGGUGGAGAGAAGAAACACUCAGUCGUUGGCGAGAGGUGGGAAGCCCCAUUCGGAGAUGGAGCAGUUGGAGAGGGAGGAGAAGUUGGAGAGGGAGGAGAAGUUGGAGAGGCUGAAGAAGCUGGAGAAGACGGGGGGGAGGAAGCCAGGGGAUAUUCCCAUUCCCUUGAGGGGAAGCUCAACCAAGCAUGGCGACUUGGGCAAGGCCAACCAGAAAAACCGCCCAACAUUAAGAAAGCACAAAAAGAUGGUGCUGCAAAAAACAGGUAGCCAACAAGGACUGCCAUUAUUUGAAAACAUGCUGGGAGUGAGCCAUUCAGGAGGAGUGUACACCUGGGAUGGAUAUCAGUGGAGGAAAAUAAACAUCCUCUACGAAUAUUUCGUGUCCCUCUGCACAGACAAAAAGGGACACAUCCUUUGCAUCAAUACAGAUUUCAAGCCAGGUUUUCUGAUGAGCAAUAGGUGCUUCCAAAAAAUAGACACCCAUAGGGAAGCUCUCUUUUUAAAAAUGGCCAUAAGUGGGAGGAACAAAAUGUGGGCAAUAAACCUCCGGGGCGAUUUACAAAAAUGGGACAAAUACGAAUGGGUGCAGGAAAAAAAGGCCUACGGAAUAGCGAAGUUGAAAUCUUUAGCCUUUGACAGAAGUGAUCGCCUGUGGGUUCUGGACGAGAAGAAUUAUUUCUACAUCUACCACACGGAGCGGAAGAAUUGGAUGCUUCACAGUGACAGCAGCAAGGGGGGAGGAGGCAACAUAAACGACUUUGAUUUUAACGAGAGCAACUUUUUGGUGGCCCUCACCUCCGACGGGAUGAUUAAAUUUUGUAGAAAUGGCCGGUGGGUGAGGUGCGGAAUGUUGGGGCAAGUGAAGAUUUCCAGUUUGCAUUUUUCGAGGAGGGGAGGCGGGUGA